AUGGCAACUUUCGCAUCACGGGAUUUGCUGAAAAGUAAAGAAGACGAUGAAGAUAAUGACGAAAAACAAGAAGACACUCCGGGUCCGUCUGAAAAACCUGAACAGGAUGUGUUGGGAAUCGUGAGAACUGGACCGAAAAGUCUUUCAACUGGAGAGACAUCUUCAUUGUUCAAACUGAAAAAUGAACUACUUAAAAGGAAAGACCGAAUUGAAGCUCAACACCUUAUUAAGAGCAGUGGAACUCAUGUCUCUGGAAAAUCUAAUCUCCUGAGCACAAAAAAAGAAGAACGGGAACGUCAAGCAAAGGAAGAUGAAGCUAGAAGUCGGCAGAUCGCCAAGAACGAGCGAGCUAUGCGUCGAGAAGAAGAGGUUGAACGAAUUCGGGCGGCUGAGCAGAAGCUAAAAGAUAAAUCCGAGUUGUAUGAUAGAAUGCAAGAAGGAGCAGUCAAUUUAUCGAAUUCAGAAGAUUCUUCGUUUGAUUUCUUAGUGGAUUUUGGUACGAAGCGAAGAAAAAUCGACGAGGACAGAGCGAUCGAAAGAGAUAGAUUCAGAGAGCAAGAGACUGCCGCUCCAGUUGGAUUCGGAUGGGGUCCAGUUCCAGAACACUAUCAUCACAGCGAAGAACAACGUGUCUACGGAACAUCUCAUAUGCGCCUGUCGAUGAACGCUAAUAAACGACGGGACGACAUCGAAAAACUGUUGGACAUGUCGAAACAAACUGAUGCAGAGCUAGCGAAACGUAAAGAAGCGAGAAAGAAGAAAGAUAAGGAGCGAAGAGAUAAACUGAACAAAAUGAGAGUGAGAAAUGGAUUAGAGCCUUUGCCCUCUCCGCCCCCAACACCUCCUCCACCAGAGAUCGAUUUGGAUUCGAUUCCACUGCCUGGCCAGAAGGAAACUCCAGAAGAGCGUCAUGCUCGUUUGAUGAAGUCCGAUCGUGAAUGGGACAGAGGAAAAGGGCUUUACACGACAUGGAUCGAGAAGGAACGAGACGAACGCGAAGAUGAAUUCCGACCACCGGAUUCAUACUUCCAGUGA